AUGUGCACAGAGCAGCCCAGCACAGUGAACUGGACUGAGUGUGACGCUCGCUGGCCGUUUACCUGCAGACACACCUCACCUGGUCGCGCCUUCCUGACAAGCACCCCCGCUGCCCUCAGAGCGGCCCCUGUCCCGCCGCCCCGGUCUCCCGCGCUGCCGUCCCAAGCUGACCUCGCCGCUCUGGGGUCUCCUGCGUCCUGCCUUUUAGGAGAAGGCGCCGCUUGGUGGCCUGGUGUCGAUGAGGGCAGCUGCAUCACGAGACCCGACGUUGGAACGGACGCCCAGAGCCCCGGGGGCCGCGAGCCGGGAGCCCGCCUGCACGGCGUGGGGGUGAGCCUGGCGUUCAUCGCUGUCGGCGGCACCAACGGGACUACAUUUCCCAGCGGUCCUCGCGCACCACCCUACCGCGGGCUCCUUAGCAGACACAGGGAGGCUGGCGGCGGCGAGGCGCGGUGCCUUCUGGGACUUGUAGUUCGGUGGGCGGCGCUGGGCGCACUUAGGUCCAGGUUUGAAUUCCGCCCACCCGCAUUCGGCUCAGAGAGGAGGCAGACAGUGCGGGCGAGCGGGAGGGCCUGUGGUGCCAUGAUGCUGCCUCUGAGCACCAUCGAGGGCCAGGAGACGGAGGAGGUGCAGACCAGGCCUCCGGAGAAAGGAGCCCUGCCUUCUGAGAACCCUGAUGAUCUGCUAAACAAAGAGGAGGGGAAGAUGUCAGCCAAGUUCCUGCCCAUCUGUCCCUUGCCGAGUGUCUGCUUCGCUUACUACCUGGAAACGGAUGACUCUGACUCUGAUUCCCAGUCUGACCCUGACACCUUGAAACCCGGCUCGAGCUGCACCUCCCCCUCCAAGCCUGGCGUGGACCACGAGGAGAUCCAGGCGUGGGAGUGUCCCCUGUGCUGUCUCAGCAUCCUCUGCCUCUCCUAGAUCCCGAGGGCGCCUGCGCUCCCCCCCACCCCGCCCCCACUCCAUAGCACCUGCGCUCCCCUCCCCGACUCCGCUCCAGAGCACCUGCGCUCUUCGCCCCCCCCCCCCCACCCCUGCCCCUGCUCCAGAGCACCUGCGCUCUCCCCAGAGGCACGUGCUGGACUACUGUGAUGUGAGACCGCCGAUACAGCAGCCUCAAUAAACCCAGCUUGCCGUC